GAGAUAAUCACGUGAUUUGUUUUGUUGUCAAACAAUAAGCGCUUUAAUUGAAUGUCAUUUAAUUGACUCUUGAUUUGCCCCUAAAUUGACGUCAAAAUUGUUGGCAUUUUAUACAAUCAUAUGUUUAUAUCCAUUAAAUUGUCAUCAAAUGAAUUGUUAACUAAUUUUAAUUAAUUUUAAUUACAUUAAUGUUAAUGACUGUAGUGUUGAGUCCAUGAGAGACCUCUUUAUGUGUGUAUUGUUAUAAUGAUUGCUAUUUGACAGCAAAACAUAUGACAUAAAGUUUUAAUUGAUUUAAUUAAUAUCAUAUAAAUUAUAUAACUGAAGACAUGUCGACAUCAAUAAGUUUGGGAACUGAUCUCAAAGACUAUCUUAAUUCAAGAAGUGAUGAAACUUCUUCCUCAUUGACAUCAAAUGUCAAGAACUUCUUCACUACAAACAAAACCAAAGAAUGGUUUUAUCAGCCGUUGAGUACAGAAGAAGUAGCUAAUGAUGGCUCACAACUGGACGCAUCAAUUGGUGGUAAUGAACGACAAGAGUCAGCUAAAAGAAGUUGGUUUUCAUCUUUUUCGUUAUCUUCGAGUACUCAACAAGAAAGUAGUAUCAGUUGGUUGCCAUCUCUUUCACGAACUCAACGUAUCAUUGGUUUCAUAGUAUUUGUAUUAAUGGGUUUAUUUUGUUUUACUUUGUCAUCCCUAUACAUCCCAGUGCUUGUGUUUAAGGCCCGAAAGUUUGCACUAUUGUUCACAUUGGGCUCACUUUUCAUUGUUUUAAGUUUUUCAGUACUUUGGGGACCAAUAAGUCAUAUGAAACACUUGUUUUCUAAAGAGAGACUUCCCUUUACUCUAACAUAUUUCGGAUCAUUGAUCACAACAUUAUAUUUUGCUCUCAAGGUUCAGAGCACACUAUUUACCGCAAUCUUUGCUCUGAUUCAAGUGAUUGCUCUCAUUUGGUAUGUCAUGAGUUAUCUUCCCGGUGGACAAACUGGUCUCAUGUUUUUCACUAAAAUAGCUACAAAAGCAGCCGCAAAGAGUCUUCCAGUUUAA